AUGGACUGGAUUGCAAGACUCCGGCUGUUAUCAAUCCCGACUAUUUGUGCUUUUCUAAGCUUUGUGUUUGUUGUCAUAAGACCUUGGUCCAAGAUAGCGGGACAAUGGGCUUUCCUUGUCUACACUUCUAAUCUCAUCUUCUUCUUUCCGAGAGGUAGGAUAAGUGUUCAGCUCGAAUCUACAGUCCUCGGUACAAUAGGAGGCGUGUUAGGAUUGGCUUGGGCCACUGCUACUUUAGCUAUUGCAGCAUAUUGUGGAAGGAAAUACGGACCUGAUUCGUCGCAAAGUCGCGCUAUCCUCGGAUUAGGUCUCGCCCUCUUGGCACUCACAGUCGGUUUCAUAAGAAGUUAUUCACAUCGAUUAAAUGUCUUCUCGAAAAUCGCUAUAUUCUUCCCUAUUUUCAUGUUGACAAGUCAGCAAUCAAUAACGCAUGCUGAAGCAUCACUUUUUUUACAACAAUUUUACGUUGUAAUCUUCUCUGCUGUUUUCGCCUUAUUACCUACUCUACUACUUGCACCACAUCAUUCAUCCAAUCAAUUAGGAGAACAUAUCAACGAAUCUAUUCAAAUCAUAUGUUCACUUCUUCCGAUAUCAAUAUCAAAUUUACUGGACGUGGAUCGUCCUUCAACUCAAUACCACCCAAACCCUCAUUCGACAGAGGCUAAAUCAUUAGAAGCUCAAAUCGAACCUCCAAAAAUCCCAACUCAAGAUAGUCUUGCCAAACGACUUAAAGCGACAGUAGCAGCCUUGAAGAUAUCAAGUGCAUCAUAUAUCAAAGAUAGUAGAUUACUUGAAAACAAUUCUGCUUCUUUGUUGGCAGUCAUCAAAUCCAUCCAAAGACUUCAAAGGAAUUCUUUACUUGGUCAAACAAGUCAUGCACCUGGAGAAAGGAUUAAAUCCGCUUUACAAAAGUCUUUCCCGCCUUCUAGACCAAACAGUGCUAUGGGAAGUGAAACACCCAAACGUCGUAGAUCUAUCAGUUUCAAUAAACAUAAAUCAAGAUCCUCUAUUUCUUCUGAAGUAGACAACGAUACUUGGCCAAGACAUAAACUUCGUCAUCUUACAAGCAACUAUGGCCGUCCUACAGACUCUCACAGGACGAUACCGUUAUCUACAAGACCUGACCUGAAAGAAGCAAGUCAAAAUCUUGUGGACACUAUCGUUGAUGCUUUACAAGUAGUCAACCUAACAUUGGUCGAGAAAUUCCAUUGGCCUUCACUCGAGUUGAAGAAGAGUGAAACAAUGGGAGAUGAAUUAUAUGAUGCUAGAAUCAGAUUAGAAGAUGUUCUGACCGAAGUGCAAAAAGCUCUAGGAACACUACUCAGUGGUUCUGAAAAAGGUCUUUUCCAUCUUACGGACCACGAACAAGUUGGACCAUCUUCAUCUUCGGAGACACCGCUUUCAGCGGGUCACGAACCACAUAUUACAUUUUCAGAGUCAACAGACGUUACGAACCUUUUGAGAAACAAAGACAGAUUCAGGUUAGCUUUCUAUAUGACUGCUCUCCUCGAUCUUGCUCGGGACGUCCAUGCCAUCACAAACACCGUGAUCGGGAUAAGUGGGCGAGAGUCGACGCCAUACAGUUGGCUGGGUAUCUUCAGUUUGGAAUGGAUGAGACACGAUAAAGAAGAUGAACACGAUGAAAACGGAGUCCAGGCGCCGAAUGAAACGGAUCUUGUGAUGGAAGAGGAACAACCCAAAGAUGAGACGAAGGAAUACCAAGAUAUGGACUUUGUCACCGCAACUCUGCACAAUAGACGAUCUCUUGUUGAGCAUGGAGAUAUGAGAGACAGAUUUGUUAGAGCCUGGAGAAAAGUAUGGGAUCAACAUGGAGUUAUAAGGGGUCGAAUUAUGCUAUCGCGAUUCUUUCAUCAAAUCAAACAUUCACGACAUGUGCUGUUCUCCCUCAAGAUGGGUCUUGGUAUAUCCUUGCUAUCGAUUCCAGCUUUCUUACCGCCAGAUUAUGCAGGCAGGAAAUGGUAUGACAGUUCGCGUGGAGGAUGGAUGGUCGUUUCUUAUAUGUUCGUUUUGGAAGAUACAACUGGAGCAAUCUUGAAAGUUGGUUUUUUGAGAGGACUGGGCUGUCUCAUAGGAGCUGUGAUGGGAUAUAUCUGUGCCAUCAUAGCUCGCGAGAACCCAUAUGCUCUGGUGGCAUUGGCAACAGCAUGUACUAUACCUAUAUCAUGGCAUAUAUUAUUCAACACUUCUACACCUGGAUUAGGAGUAUCAACUGGUAUAACUUUACCUCCUUUGCUGUUCAUAACUUAUCUAAACGAAUCACACGGUCAAUCAUAUUUCACUCUAGCUUGGUAUAGAUUUACGGAUAUCAUGAUCGGAACGGCCGCAGCGGUGUUAUUUGGUACAUGGGUUUGGCCAGUACAUGCUCGAGUGCAAUACUUUAGAGCUGUAGGAGGUACGAUGGAGAGGAUUACGGAGUUCUCAGUGCUUAUACUCUUUUAUAGGGAUUUGGUUCGAUCCUCACUCGUGUAUAGAGUGGAUGACAAGCAGUAUGAUACAUUAGAAGCGAAGAUUAAACGCGAAUUCGCCUUAUCACGAAAUUUGGUAUCGAUUCAAAGACAAGAAAUCUCGUUAUUGCCUCGUCCAGUCAAAUUGUAUUCGGAAAUCAUAGAUGCAAGCGAAAGGUUACUGGAGACUUUGGUUGAGAUUAGAUUAUUGAGAUUUAGCGUUCCUAGAAAAGCGACGGUCUUGGAUGUUUUACCUAUCAGAAGGGAAUUGAUAUCAACCAUUCUGAUCAAUUUAUGGGCAUGCGCACAUUCGUUCCAUUCACGAUCACCUUUACCUCAAUUUCUUCCUUCACCCAGAUCGCCGCUAUCUGAGUUGAUGGAAGUUACCGAUCAACACGCUUUGGACAUGCGUGCAUUUAGGGAUACUUAUUUAGAUGGUGAUUCUAGAGGUAGAAAUAGAGAUCGAAGUGAUUCUCCAUCAUCAUCGUCUCAGCAACAGCAACACAAUAAUCAAAAUAAUCAAGCUUCUUACCAAGCUGAGAUGGCAAUCUUAUAUGCUAUGGCUGAAAAUGAAGCCUUGGGAGAAGUCUGUAGUAUCCUCGAAGAGAUUGUGGCCGCUGCAAAAACCUUAUUCGGUACACAGACUUUCUUAGAUGCAACAUGA